AUGGAACAAGACUACAAGAGAAACGGAACCGCUUCCGACACCAUCAGUAAACGAGAUAAGAGGAGGAACAACAUUGCAACCCGGUUGCAUAAACUAGAGCUGACGUUUAAAAACGAUCGAGAUAUAUUUUAUCGCAAUAGUUUACAUGAAUUACAGAAUAAAUUAGCAAGUCUACAACAGGGCACCAACGAAGAAUACGUGACAAAGAAAUUACAAUUGGAAGAAACUAGAGAUUAUGAGUUGACGAAAUUGCGUCUUUGGGAGGAAUACCAGGUCAAGAGUAUUGAAAUGGAGUAUAAUCAAGCCUUACAAAAGGCAAAGGAGAACCACGACAAGAUGAUCAAGUUGAUCAAGGAGAAACUAUACGAUAAGCUACAGAAACAGAUAAAGACUUUGAAAGAGGAUAAAUAUUUGUUGAAUCUUUUGAAUAGUAAUAGCUAUAAUCAUGAUGAGGGUGGCAAGAAUAGAGACAAUGAAACACUAGCGGCAGCCAUGGGGUUGAAUGUUCACGAUAGGAGAUCUCUAAGGAAAAGAGGCGAGUACUUGGGUCGUUUUGCAACAGGGGAAAUGGACGACCUAUCAGAUGGAGGAGGUGGUUUGAAUGGCAAUAUGUCAUCGGCACAAAAUGGAUCUGGUUAUAUAUCGCUGGGUAAGAGAAGAAGACUUCACACAACGAGAUAUUCAUCAAACGACGAAGUAUCGAGUAGCACGGCAAGUGCUAAACCUUGGCAUCACAAUGGAAAUACCAGCUCUGCUGCUCAUCAUAGCUCAAUAUACGCCCACAAUAGGUCGAAUGGUGGAGUCAACAGCGGAUAUGAAUCUAACUUUAGUGAUAAAGAUUAUGAUGCAUUAAACACGUUUAUCAUGGAGAACGAGGAUGGCGUAAAGUCUCUAAUUUACGACGGCAAUGGUUUAAAUGGUGAUGAUGGAAAUCAUAAUAGCUACAAGGUGCAGACACGUGGAUCGCAUAAACAGUUUGUUGGUCCACAAGGUUUGAAACCGGAAGAAUUGAAUGAUGAUUUGGUACUACUACGCACUGCAAUAGUAAAGAAGGAAAAGUAA